AAGAAUGAUUCCACGGCGAAUCGGACAUCACUAGAGGAGGGCAGAGAGGGAAAAAUCACAGCCACCGCCACACCAUGAUCCUCACCUCACAGCCCAAACACACUGGUGUGGAAAAAAACAACAGUCUUGAACAUUUCGGACCGAUUCUGAGGUGUGGUCUCGCCGUCGGUGUGUAAAAGGACCGUGUUUAUCUCUGUUUUUAAGCCGUCAGGGAGUGGAUCUGUCUCGGACGCCAUCUUUAGCAGCAGCAGUAGCCCGGGAGAGGGAAGAGCUGCUGGGCCACCGUUAACCAGCACCGGGCUGGAGGAGUUUCUCCAGCGGACACUCACGCUUGACAGCGAUCGAUAAGUUUGUCGGGACUGAUUUGGGGUCGGAAGGCGUGUUUUCUGUCCACUGGGUUUGUUGUUGUUGUGGUCGGAGGAGUUUUAUCGGGCUGGCUGCUCAUCCUGGCCUGUUGGGAGGGUUUUGGUCCAUAUGAGGCCGCGGUCUUGCAGAUGAGCCAUCAUUGGGGGCUGUCGUGUCGCAGACCCAGAUAGUGACUGGCGGUUGCGGCCCCGCCCCCUCCCAGCAUGCCCAACGCUGCUCGCGCAGGGAGUCUGAAGGACCCCGAGAUCGCAGAUCUCUUUUUUAAAGAUGACCCUGAAAAACUCUUCUCAGACCUGAGAGAAAUCGGUCAUGGCAGCUUCGGCGCUGUAUACUUUGCACGGGAUGUGCGGACCUCAGAGGUGGUGGCCAUCAAGAAAAUGUCAUAUAGUGGAAAACAGUCAAAUGAGAAAUGGCAGGAUAUAAUAAAGGAGGUGAAAUUCCUUCAGAGGAUAAAGCACCCAAACAGCAUAGAGUAUAAAGGAUGCUACCUGCGAGAGCACACAGCAUGGCUGGUUAUGGAGUACUGUCUGGGAUCUGCCUCAGAUCUCCUCGAGGUACACAAAAAACCUUUACAAGAGAUGGAAAUAGCAGCGAUUACUCAUGGUGCUUUGCAGGGGUUGGCGUAUCUUCACUCCCACAACAUGAUUCACAGGGAUAUCAAGGCCGGGAACAUCCUGCUCACAGAGCCUGGACAGGUGAAGUUGGCAGAUUUCGGUUCUGCUUCAAUCGCCGCACCUGCUAAUUCAUUUGUGGGGACUCCUUAUUGGAUGGCCCCAGAGGUGAUCCUUGCCAUGGAUGAGGGUCAGUAUGAGGGAAAGGUUGACAUCUGGUCUCUAGGAAUAACCUGUAUUGAAUUAGCUGAAAGGAAACCUCCGCUCUUCAACAUGAAUGCAAUGAGUGCCUUAUACCACAUCGCACAGAAUGAGAGUCCAACCCUGCAGUCCAGUGAAUGGACGGACUACUUCAGAAACUUUGUGGACUCCUGCUUACAGAAGUUGCCCCAAGAUAGACCCAACUCUGAAGAACUGCUGAAACAUGCAUUUGUCCAGCGCGAGCGGCCGGAGUCGGUGCUUAUUGACCUGAUCCAGCGCACCAAAGAUGCUGUGAGAGAGCUGGACAACCUGCAGUACCGCAAGAUGAAAAAGAUCCUCUUCCAGGAGGCGCACAAUGGCCCUGCAGCAGAGGUCCCAGAUGACGAGGAGGAGGUGGAGCACAUUGCUGGCCGCACAGGCACAGUGAACAGUGUGGGCAGUAACCAGUCCAUCCCUAGCAUGUCCAUCAGUGCGAGCUCACAGAGCAGCUCGGUUAACAGCCUGCCUGACGCCACAGACGCCACCGAUGAUAACAAGAGCGAGGUGGACCUGAUGGAAAAAGACCAAACCAUUAUACCCAACAUCUCCAUGAUUCACGUCAAACCGGAGGAAGAGAGCUGCCAGGAAGAAACUGAGGCUCAGAAACAGCCCACAGAGCCCCAGUCUCCCCCAGCACAGACACCACGGCGUCAGUACCGGAAUCGAGAGCACUUUGCCACCAUCCGCACAGCCUCCCUGGUGACGCGUCAGAUUCAAGAACAUGAGCAGGACUCUGAGGUGCGUGAGCAGAUGUCUGGCUACAAACGAAUGCGCAGGCAGCACCAGAAACACCUUCUGGCCCUCGAGAACAAGCUGAAGGGCGAGAUGGAUGAGCACAGACUCAAGCUAGACAAAGAGCUGGAGAACCAGAGGAGCAGCUUUGCUGCCGAGAUGGACAAACUCAUCAAGAAGCACCAAUGCACCAUGGAGAAAGAUGCCAAGACUUUUGCCAACGAUGAAAAGAAAUUCCUGCAGCACAUUCAGAGCCAGCAGAAGAAGGAGCUCAGCAGCUUCCUGGAGUCUCAGAAACGCGAGUACAAACUGCGCAAGGAACAGCUCAAAGAGGAGCUUAAUGAGAACCAGUCCACACCAAAGAAGGAGAAGCAGGAGUGGCUGUCCAAGCAAAAGGAGAAUUUCCAGCACUUCCAGGCAGAGGAGGAGGCCAACCUACUCCGUCGACAGCGGCAGUAUCUGGAGCUUGAGUGCCGCAGGUUCAAACGGCGAAUUCUCAUUGCACGUCACAACGUGGAGCAAGAUCUCAUGAGAGAGGAGUUGAAUAAGCGUCAGACACAGAAGGAUCUAGAGCACGCCAUGCUGCUUCGACACCAUGAGUCUAUGCAGGAGCUGGAGUUCAGACACCUGAGCAACAUUCAGAAGAUGCGUGCGGAGCAGAUCCGCCUGCAGCACCAGACAGAGCUCACCAACCAGCUGGAAUACAACAAGCGCAGGGAGAGGGAGCUCAGACGUAAACACGUCAUGGAGGUCCGACAGCAGCCCAAGAGCCUCAAGUCCAAAGAGCUCCAGAUUAAGAAACAGUUCCAGGAUGCAUGUAAAACCCAGACCCGGCAGUACAAAGCCCUGCGAAACCAACUGCUGGAAAGCAUCCCAAAACCUGAACACAAGACCAUGCUGAAACGACUGAAGGAAGAGCAAACCAGGAAACUAGCCAUCCUCGCCGAACAGUACGACCACACCAUCAACAACAUGCUCUCCACACAGGCUUUGCGUCUAGACGAGGCGCAGGAGGCAGAGUGUCAGGUGCUGCGGAUGCAGCUGCAGCAGGAGUUGGAGUUGUUGAAUGCAUAUCAGAGUAAGAUCAAGAUGCAGACGGAUGCCCAGCAGGAGCGAGAGAGAAAGGAACUGGAGCAGAGAGUGUCCCUCCGGAGAGCCCUACUUGAGACUAAGAUCGAAGAGGAGAUGUUGACCUUACAGAACGAUCGCACAGAGCGGAUCCGUAGCCUACUGGAGCGCCAGGCCAGAGAAAUUGAGGCCUUCGACUCGGAGAGCAUGCGCUUAGGAUUUAGUAACAUGGUGUUGGCUAACAUCUCUCCUGAGGGCCUCAGCCACAGCUUCCCUGGGGCCCCGGGCAGUUGGAUCCCCCAUCAGCAUCACUCGGAUGGCUCUCAGGGGACACAGUGGGGCAGCAGCACUGGUUCAGGGGCCAGCCACCACUACCACUCCAGUCAGGGAGGAGCACAGGCCCAGCAGGGCUGGGGCCAAGCCAUCCAAGGAGGUGGGCUUCCACCGUGGACCCACUCCUCCUCGGGCCCCCAAGGGGCCAUGCCAAAAAGCAGCGUGGGGAUGCGGAACAGCCCUCAGGUGCUUAGGAGGACCACCUCAGCGGGGCGCACUGAGCAGGGCAUGAGUAGGAGCACCAGCAUCACAUCUCAGAUAUCCAACGGUUCGCACCUGUCCUAUACAUAGACACCAGUGCGUUUGUGCCAACCCUGCACACACACAAACACACCCAGGGUAGGGGAACGCACUGGCCCACACUAAAGACUGGCACAGAGAGCAGAGCUAACUGCACUCAUCUACCUGUCUCCCUCAAUCCCUCGUUUCUUUUCUUUUCCUUCGCUUUCUCAUUUCAUUUUCCUACAUGCAGAUGUGCAUGUAAACUAUAGUAAAUAUCACUCAGGUCAAAAGAUAUUCUAACUUUGCAUGAAGCUUGUUUGACAGUCAUGCAGAGCUAGAGUCAAAAACACUAGUCUGGUUUAAAGCUCACUUGAUGAGAUUCAUUUAAUGCUAAAUAUUAUAGAGAAAGACAUAUAUAUAUAUAUAUAUAUAUAUAUAUAUAUAUAUAUAUAUAUAUAUAUAUAUAUAUAUAUAUAUAUAUAUAUAUAUAUAUAUAAAUAUAAAUAUAAAGUAGAUGUUAAUUUAAUUUAGCUUUAGUCCACUUAACAUAUGGAUUCAUAAACCAAAAGGAUGUUAAAAGGAGAUGUUGGCCAUAAUUCUUAAGAUUUGCAUAUAAAUCCGUAAUGAUUGUUUAAGUAAACAAUCUAAGCUGUCAGCCUGCUGUCAUGCUCCUAGGAAAAACUAUUUGGGUUUUAAUAAAAUAAAGAAAUUGAGAUGGAUUAAGUGUGUGCAGUAUAUGUGAUGUCUGGGUUAGGAAGAGAGCUGGCCAAUCUGUUGAUUUUAAGUGAAAGUGUUUUAGUUGUCAGAUUUUUAAGUUGGACAGUUCAGUUGUAGAGAAGAUUUAGGAGUUUGCCUACAUCAGGUACUGUAUUUUUGCAGAAAUGAUUGUGAAUAAAAACACAUUUCAUUAGGUUCAAAACUUUAUCUUAAAGACCUUUUAUUACUUGUUUACUUGGCGGGUAAAGGUCAAUGCAGCUGUCUUGCCCAAGCAGUGUGUUUUUGCAGAGUUUAGGACUGUAAACAGUGCAAGCAAGCACAAAUCUGUUCAUAUCUCCAGCGUACUUUUUAUUUAGUCUUUACUUGCAUUAAGCAACCUAAUUAUGGCCAGACAACCUGUCUUCAGUCUACUUAGCCUUUUGAUACACCCUUCAUUUUGUUAGGCCAGCCAGCCUUCACCUGGAUCAGGUGUCCAGACACAUUUAGAUGUGGUGCUUUCUUGAUUAUUUAUUGUAUGUGAUGUUUUAGGUGUGCAAUGCCAGCUUAAAGAUAUCAGAUAUGUUCAGUGCCUUGAAUGUGUUAAUGGUUUAAUUACUGAGGAGAGACAUGCCAACAUGAAUGAACAUGAUGAAUGUUUUUUAUGUAGCUGAAAAAAACACUCACAAAUUUAGAGUUUAAUCAUGUUCCCCAAGCUAAUGAAGGGACAAUAUUGGUCCAUUUAAGAAGAGUGUGUGUUGGUGUGAAUAUAUUUAGUUGUACACAUAAAGAUGAGCUUAUAUUAUCCCACUAUGUAAUGCUAAACUCUUAUGUUAAUAUACUUUUGAGGUGCCUUUGAAUAGCUGCCAAGCAGAAGCACUUUUGUGUUGUGUUUUGAGAAAUAUAUUUACAAGCGUUCUCAACUAUGAAAAUGACUAAUGCAGCCGUAAACUGUAGUGUGUGAUGGCGGAUGUCCAGUAUGUUACUGUUACUCUUUUAAAAGAUUUUUGUGGUCAUUUUAAGGAAGUGGUAGAUAUGAAUUCGUCAGUGGUUUUAGUACAGUACUGUCGUGAUUUUUCAAAUUAAAUGAAUGCAGAAACUGUUUGAAUGUACUCUGUCCUCUAUCAGGUUUGUGUCGUGUUUUUGACACUCUGGGAAUGUAAUGAACUGUAAGGAGCAUGAACGACAUACUUUUUUUUUUCUCUGUAGGUCAUGACAGCAGGCUUUGUUAUGGGACACUUAACUGGCUCUUUGGAGCAGGCAAACACUCUUGAUUUGGUCUCAUGACCUCCACACUAAAUAGCAAACGGUGUGUUCACUGUUUCAUGCUCAUUCAUUACCAGUCAAACAUUUGGACACAUCUACUGCUCAUUUUUUAUUACUAUUUUCCAUACUUUAAAUAAUAGUACAUCCAGUAUAUAUACACUACCAUUAAAAAGUCUGGGGUCAGAAAGCUUUUUUUUUCUUAGUUUCUUAUGCUCUUAUAAUUUAAAAUUACUGUUUUCUAUUUUAAAAUCUUUUAAAAUGUAAUUCAUUCCUGUGAUGGCAAAGCUAAUUUUAAGCAACCAUUACUCAAGUCGUCAGUGUCACAUGAUCCUUCAAAAAUAAUUCCGAAUGCUGAUUUGAUUUCUCAUUAUUAUGAGUGUUUUUGUGAAAAUCAUGC